AUGGAAGACGUCGACUUGGGCAAAGACCGGACUCAGCUCAUUGACUUUGUAUAUGCAAAUGGAAAUGGAAACGGAUCAGCAUCCAACUUGAAUCAACGAAAUAAUGGAUCUUCAAAUAAUAUCCCACUCUCGGAGAAGGCUGUGAAACAACCACUACAGUCCCAACCACAAUCACCACCACCACCAAAACCACAAAAACAGAAGAGCCCUGCAAAACCAAAAAAGAAGAUAGCAUGUGCUCCUGGAUCGGCUAUUUGUCUCUUUUUAUUAGCAGUCGCCGCUAUUAUAUUUGCUGCAUUUUUGGGACAUUAUCUGACAAAACAAAAUUACGAAAUGAUGCAAUUUAAGAAUUCGAAUGAAUCGAUGGUAGUCUGCAAGAACUAUACUCGACCACACAAGAAAACGCAUCGUCCAAUUGUGAACGAAGAAGAUGCAGACGAGAAUGAUGCUAUCAAACAACCAACCAAAGAAGAAUUGGCUCUCCCAAAAAGUGUUCAACCUGUUUGGUACGAUGUGAGUCUAUCUCCAAAAACUGGAGGAAACGGAACAAUGGGAUUGGCUCUUGUGAAAUUGAAUAUCACUGAACCCACCAACAAGAUUGUUCUAAAUGCGAAAGGAAUAGAAUUCACUAAAAAUUUGGAGAAGAUUCAGUUAUCCAAGGAAGCUACCAAACGAUCAAAGAAAUCUGCUGAAGAAAUCUCUGCAAACGUCACGAAUUCAAAAUCUGAAAUGCCAGAAGGAUCUGGAAUGAGACCAGAAGAAGAGUCUGUUCCAUCGACAACAACUACGACAGAAGCUACCCCAGUGUCUUCUUUAGUGGAUACUGGAAUCAAAAUUACCGGAAUCGAGUUUAACGAAGAUUUGGAACAAGUCGUAUUAACUUUGGAUCAAGAAUUGAAGAAAGGAAGCGAAGUUGUCCUGAAAAUUCCAUUCACAUCGAAAGUAACCAAUAGUAAUGGAUUGAAAGAAUACAAAUACAAAACACCAAAUGGAGAAGAGAGGAGCAUGUUCACUACUCAACCAAGCUACGCCUACAUGCGUCACGUCUUCCCAAGUUUCGAUCAAGAAUCAUUCAAAGCUCCUGCUGCAUUGACAUUGAUGCAUUCUAAUGGAUCAGUAGUUGUAGCAAACACAGAAGUUAAAACUGAAGAUGACGGAGAUUCCCUAACUUCCACUUUAAAAAAGGUUCUGGAUCCUGAUUUCGUUAUUGGAGAUCUUGUAGCAAAUGAAGUGAACACAACCAGCGGAUUGACAAUCAGAAUUUGGACAAGGCCAGAAGUGCAACAUUACACUGAGCAAGCAUUGGACUAUGCUAACCAGGCAAUUGACGCUCUCGAACAUAUUCUUCAAUCCAGACUUGAGAGCAAAACCUUGGACAUCGUUGCUGUUCCUGGAUUCCAACCAGGAAACAGAGUCAGUCCAUCGUUCAUUGUACUCCCGGAAGAAGAUGUUCUUUACAAUGAACAUUCUAACAAUAUUAACCAAAAAGCUCAUUUGGCGAGAGUUCUUUCUAAUAGAAUCGCUGCUCAAUGGUUCGGAGGAAUCACGAAUCCAGAGGAAUUCGGAACAUUCUGGUUGAAUGAUGCUCUUCCGAAGUUCCUUGAAGUUGAAGCUCUCGAGAAAAUUCUUGAUGUCAAAUCGGACGAUCUAUGGACAUAUGAGCUAGAGAAGAUUUUCGAAAGAGAUGCCACUGCUACAUCCCAACCAUUAAGAGUCAAAAAUGUUUUCUCUGCUACUGAUAUUGCAGCAAUUGAUCAUGAAUUCAUUGGAAAGAAAGGAGCAGCUGUACUUCGAAUGAUCCAAAAAUCUGUUGGAGAAACCGCUUUCAAUAAAGCUAUUCGGAGCUUUGUUUCGUCAUACCGUUCUGCUUAUCCAUACGAUGAUGGCCUCUGGAAAUCUUUUCAAAAAGCUAUUGGUCAAAAAUUGAAAGGAUGGAACAACGAACCAUUGGAUGUUGCGAAGUUUGUAAACACAUGGGUUGAUCAAAUCGGAUUCCCAUUGGUUUCGGUCGAUAAGCUGGAUGAUGAAAAUGUUGAACUAUCUCAAGAGAGAUUCAAGAAUGAUCAUAAAACGAAAGAGCAAUUUAAGUUCCGCAACGCUAAAUACUGGUUCAACUGGGAAGUUCCACUCUUUUUGAAAAGCUCUGGUCCAGUUGGAAACGUUUCGUGGCUUCAUGAAGCAUUCAGACUCCCAUUGAAUACUUCUGAUUCUAUUUACUUGAAUACUGAUUCGAAUGGAGUUUAUCGUGUGAAUUAUGAAGAAAUAAGAUGGAAUGAAAUUGCCAAGUAUCUGGAGAAAUCGCAUGGAAAGCUCUCGGAGAGAACUAGAGCUCGCCUUAUUUCUGAUGUAUUCGCUCUGGCUAACAGUGGAGCUCUUCCGUUUGAAACUGCUCUCAAUGUUACAUCGUAUCUUCCAAUGGAAACCGGAACAGUUCCAUGGCUUAUUGCAUCCAGAAUCUUCAAAAAAUUGACACAAAGAUUAGAGGGAGCACCUAUUCAAGAAAAACUAAAUAAUUAUAUCUACGAGAAAAUUCAUAAGGAGUUCGAUAAAGUCAAUACCUCUCCGGAUAUUGAUUCCAACUAUCUCGAAAGUCUUCUUCACUCGAAUCUCCUUGAUCUGAUGGCUAUUGUUAAACCUGCAAAAUCAAACGUGAAGCUGAAUCAAAUAUUUGUGGAAUCCUUCUUGGCACCAUGUCAGUUCUCUGGUAAUUUCAGCAGCGACUGUUCCGAGGUUCCGGGAGAACUUCGGGAGAAGGUUUACUGUAAUGGAGUUGAGUUCGGAAACGAUACAGUUUUUGAAACAGUCAAGGAACUAGCAGCGAAAGAAGUCGAUGAAACCGAGAAAGUCAUUCUUCAAAAUUCGUUGGCAUGCUUCAGAGAUCCACGUGUUCUUCGCCGAAUGAUCCUGGAAAACUUGAACAGCAAAACAGAUGCAAUUCAGCUAUUGAAGAAAAUGAACAGCCGUCCAGUUGGAAGAGAAAUCGCAACUAACUGGAUUAUCGACAAUUGGUCUACUAUUCUGAAAAAGAAGUUCAAGAAUGAUUCAGAAACUUUGAACGCAAUUGCAGAUGCUGGAAUUGUUUUGAAUAACGAAAGAGAGAAGAGUACGAUUGAAACAUUCAUGGAGCAUCAUCGCAAGAGCACAAAUGGAAUCGAGAGUCUCGACAGAAAGAUUGAAGAAGCAACGACAGAUAUUUAUUGGAGAAAACAAAGAGUUAUGGAAUUGAACGAUUAUUUGGAUGGAAAAAUGAAGGGACCGACUAAAGAAGAGGAAGAAGGAGAUAGUGAAGAGCAAGAGUGA